GCGCAGAAUCGUAAGAAGUUUGCCCUGUUGGCCGUCCACUCACUACGUCUGACUUUACGACAACAGCUUUGAGGGGAACGUGUGAUAUGACGUGGAGGUAGUGUUAGCUUCGAUAUCUUUCGAUAACCUAUAAUGGAAAAAACUCUUUGUGAGAGCAGCUUGAUUUAGUGUCACAGUUUGCCAUCAUCAUCAUCACAGGUAGGUAGUUUUUACCAGGAACACAAACCCAGAAGACGGGGAAAUCUACUCUCUUCAUCAUGGACUCAUCCACCUAGCUAAGCGGUAGCCUAGAUAGCUUGCUAAUCAACUGGUGUGGAAUCUGCGAACGAUGACUUUUCCUGUCAGAAACAUCUUAAGGUUUUGCUGGAGACGUCACCUAUCUGCCGAUGAUUGACAGGGCAGAUCUUGCUUGAAGAAGAGAAGGCGAGCUGUCAAAAUGGGCUCGUUGUUCCGAAGUGAAGAGAUGUGUUUGGCCCAGCUGUUUCUGCAGUCAGGUUCAGCAUACGACUGUAUCAGCGAACUAGGAGAAAUGGGCCUUGUAGAAUUCAGAGACCUCAAUCCUAGUGUCAACUCCUUUCAACGGAAAUUCGUCAGCGAGGUCAAAAAAUGUGAAGAAAUGGAAAGAAUUCUAGGUUACCUUUUGAGGGAGAUCAAGAGGGCCGGUAUCCCCCUGCCCGAGGACGAGGUGAACCCAGUGGCCCCUCUACCCAAGCACGUCCUGGUCAUCAUGGAGCAGCUGCAGAGGCUGGAGGUGGAGCUUGGUGAGGUCACCAGGAACAAGGAGAAGCUGCAGAAGAACCUUCUGGAACUGACGGAGUACACGCACAUGCUACGCAUCACACGUAACUUUGUGCACCGAAGCGUCGAGCGAGAGCCCAUGCAGGCCCAGUAUGAGGAGUUCCCCUUCCUGGAGAAGGACGCCAUGAUGGACUACACCAGCAUGCAGAGGCUAGGGGCCAAGUUAGGGUUUAUCUCGGGGCUGAUUCAGAGGGUGAAGAUCGAGGCGUUUGAGCGCAUGCUGUGGAGAGUGUGUAAGGGUUACACUAUACUCAGCUACUGUGAGAUCGACGAAUAUCUGGAGGAUCCCCACACAGGGGAGCUGACCAAAAGCGUGGUGUUCCUCAUCUCCUACUGGGGAGAGCAGAUUGGACAGAAGGUCAAGAAGAUCUGUGACUGCUACCACUGUCACCUGUAUCCGUACCCCAACAGCAAUGAGGAGAGGACCGACGUGGUGGAGGGCCUGAGGACUCGUAUCCAGGACCUGCACACUGUACUGCACAGGACGGAGGACUACCUGAGACAGGUGCUCAACAAGGCCUCUGAGUCCGUCUACACCUGGGUGAUCCAGGUGAAGAAGAUGAAGGCCAUCUACCACAUCCUCAACCUCUGCAGCUUCGACGUCACCAACAAAUGCCUCAUCGCUGAGGUGUGGUGUCCAGUCAACGACCUUCCGGCCCUGAGGGGGGCGCUAGAGGAAGGCUCGAGGAAGAGUGGAGCCACGGUGCCUUCCUUCGUCAACCGUAUCCCUAGCAACGACACUCCGCCCACGCUGGUACGGACCAAUAAGUUCACCUCUGGCUUCCAGAACAUAGUGGAGGCCUACGGGGUUGGAACCUACAGAGAAGUCAACCCAACCCCGUAUACGAUCAUCACGUUCCCCUUCCUGUUUGCGGUGAUGUUUGGGGACCUGGGUCACGGCGUGAUCAUGUCUCUGUUUGCCUUCUGGAUGGUUCUGUACGAGAACAACCGCAAACUGAAGCGCACCAGGAACGAAAUCUGGAACAUCCUGUUUGAGGGCCGCUACAUCAUCUUCAUGAUGGGGCUGUUCUCCAUUUACACGGGCCUCAUCUACAACGACUGCUUCUCCAAGUCCCUCAACAUCUUUGGCUCGGGCUGGAGCGUGGGGGCCAUGUACAGGGGCGGAGUGUGGUCGGAAGCUGUGGUCAGGGGCAGUUCUACUCUUUCCCUUGAUCCCAACGUCACAGGCGUCUUCAAGGGACCCUACCCUCUAGGCAUCGACCCGAUCUGGAACUUGGCAUCCAACCGCCUCACGUUCCUCAACUCCUACAAGAUGAAGAUGUCUGUGAUCCUGGGGAUCUGCCAGCUCAGCUUCGGGGUGGUCCUCGGCGUCUUCAACCACCUGCACUUUAGGAACAGGUUCAACAUCAUCUUGGUCUUCAUCCCAGAGCUGCUCUUCCUGCUGUGUCUGUUUGGCUACCUGGUCUUCAUGAUCGUCUACAAGUGGCUGGCCUUCUCUGCGCACACCUCCAGAGACGCCCCCAGCAUCCUCAUCCACUUCAUCAACAUGUUCGUCAUGCAGGACAACGGUGUGCAGCCCCUCUUCCCAGGACAGAGAGGUCUCCAGGGGUUCCUGCUGGUUGUUGCCAUGCUAAGCGUGCCUGUGCUGUUGCUAGGGAAACCGGUCUACCUCUACUGGCUGCACAACGGCAGCACCCGCCUGGGGAUGUACAGGGGCUACGAGCGUGUGCGUCGCGGCAGUGAGGAGGAGCUGUCCCUGCUGAGGGCCAGUGACAUGGAGGAGGGCAGCGAUCUGUCCAGCAGCAAAGACACGCAAGCACAGGAGUUUGACUUUGCGGAUGCGUUCCUGCACCAGGCUAUCCACACGAUAGAGUACUGCCUGGGCUGCAUCUCCAACACAGCCUCCUACCUGAGGCUCUGGGCCCUCAGCCUGGCACAUGCCCAGCUGUCAGAGGUGCUGUGGUCCAUGGUGAUGCGUGUGGGUCUCCAUAUGGACACCAGCCUGGGGAUUGCGUUUCUGGUGCCUCUGUUUGGGCUGUUUGCCGUCCUCACUGUGUCCAUCCUGCUGGUCAUGGAGGGGCUGUCGGCCUUCCUCCACGCCCUCAGACUGCACUGGGUGGAGUUCCAGAAUAAGUUCUACAGCGGUGCAGGAUUCAAGUUUAUUCCCUUUGCCUUCUCCCUGCUGCCCUCCAGCUUCGAGCAUGACGGCUUGCUGUGAAGGAGCUCCGACGCCCUGCACACAAACACAGCCAGGACAGCUCCACGGACACAAUGCUCACACUUUCUUUUGUACUAUUCGCACUGACUGCCUUAUAGAAGUACAACCAAAUGUUAGCAUAUUUUGCUCUGUUUUCAGUGUGUGGAUAUUGACGUGUAAGGAUUUUUUUUUCUUCUACAUUUUGCAAAACGGAAGAAAAAAAGAAU